UAAAAAGUGUACGGGCCUCCUCCGGAAAAGAGAAACCCUAUGGUUCUCGUGCGGUGAUGGCGGCUAAAGGAGGAGGGAACAUAGGCUCCACCUCCAUCGAUGGCGUGAACCUCUUCUCCCUCUCGGGCCAGCGCUUCGUGUCCACUUGGCUUCCUCCCAAGAAGCUUAGAGCCCUUCGCAAAGACAAAGGCAAAGGCUUUGGUGGAUCCUUUGCAUAUGAUGAAUACAGGGAGAAACAGAAGAAAGAGAAGAUGGAGGCUAAGCAAGCCUCACAUAUUACAAUACAGAAAAGGUUGCCUAAAGUAAACAGGCUCCUUGCAGCUCGCUUGCAUAUUGCGGAAGAAAGUGAAAUGGAGAAUAUGGAUGACGCAGUUGCAAAAAAGAAAUCAAAUAAAAACAGAGUAUUAACUAGUGAGAUCCAUAGAGAUGCACAUUUUGCAGCAAUGUUCAUGAAUAAGGACUUUUGAAGUGGAUGAACUGUCACAGGAGUUUCUUUCGCUUCAUCCCCAAUCUUCUAAGAAGCAACCCUCCCUGAUUGAGGAACAUUUUGAGCCUGUAAAGGAGGAUUGGGAAGAGCAGGGGACCAGUGAUUCUGAUGCGCUUCAAUAGCUUCACAGGAAUCCGAAGAUGAGCUUGACGCGGAUGAGAAUAUAGUUAAGAAGUAGAAGGGCAUGAGGUUAUACGAGAAGGAUGAAUGCCAAGCCGAAGCAUUUUUAAGGAGCCUCUCUCUGGCCAAGGAGGAUGCCCUUCCUCUUGGAGAGAGGGUUGCUGCUCUAGAGAAAAACUAGCAGUUGGUACUCUGAAUGGUGUGAAAUUUGGACCUGGUGGUUCACGGCAAAUCUCUUUCGUCUCCGAAAGCUCAAAGAGACAGAAAGUUGAGCAGCCUGAAGAGGGAAAAAUGAGGGGAAUUCAGUAUCUAGGAUUAAAGCCAAGUAGAUCAGGGUUUUAUGCAAUGGGAAAGCAAGGUGGUAGAGGGUGAUGUGGUAACGGCAGCGGCCGUCAAUGGGAGAGGAGAUAAAGUUGGUUAAUUCAACUGCCAUCCAACUAGCUGGAUGGUUGGAGGCAUCCAGGCGGCUUUCCACAGGUUGAUGGUGCCUCCUUGCUAGCAAUAUGCACAUGAUUUACUGCAUGAAACAGGUGGUACUAUAUAUACACACAUGGAAAAAGAAAUUGGUCAAAUACAUAUGGCACCGUUGAUCUGUUCUGGCAUACAAGAACCGUGAAAUGCGGAAGAAUUGGCAUACAGUGUUCAGGGUAGACAGUUGUUCUUGGUGUUCUCUUGACUGAAUGGUUCCGAGAUCGUGAUCAUGGUUCAACUAAAUUAGUAGUUUCUCUGCUUGUCAUCUAUGGACCAGACCUUCCGCAAGGAAGGUUUUUUGUUUCAUAGUUUAUCAAAUUAAAUUGUUUUCAUGGUUCAUCUCUGUAAUCUUUCUAACAUUGCAUCUUGGUUAUUAGAAAAUAUGUGAACGAGUCCAGUAUGUUAAAAAAAUCAAAGAACAUUUCACUGAUA